GAGAACCCGGUUAUAACUGGUUGCCCGCCAUCCAUGACUGUACCCACGGAGAAUGGAACAAUGUAUGCUACGGUGUCGUGGAAUGCACCAAACGCAACUGAUAAUUCAAAUAACGUUACACUGACUUUUAACGAGGAGCACACCUAUAGGAAUUCUGGCUUGUUUCCCAUCGGUCUCAUCCCUCUUUCUUACACAGCCAAAGACGCAUCAGGGAAUAGAGCAUCUUGCACAUUCACUGUAUCCGUUAUAGAUACUGAGAACCCAGUUAUUACUGGUUGCCCGCCAUCCAUGACUGUACCCACGGAGGAUGGAACGAUGUAUGCUACAGUGUCGUGGAAUGCUCCAAACGCAACUGAUAAUUCAAAUAACGUUACACUGACUUUUAACGAGGAGCACACCUAUAGGAAUUCUGGCUUGUUUCCCAUCGGUCUCAUCCCUCUUUCUUACACAGCCAAAGACGCAUCAGGGAAUAGAGCAUCUUGCACAUUCACUGUAUCCGUUAUAGAUACUGAGAACCCAGUUAUUACUGGUUGCCCGCCAUCCAUGACUGUACCCACGGAGACUGGAACGAUGUAUGCUACAGUGUCGUGGAAUGCUCCAAACGCAACUGAUAAUUCAAAUAACGUUACACUGACUUUUAACGAGGAGCACACCUAUAGGAAUUCUGGCUUGUUUCCCAUCGGUCUCAUCCCUCUUUCUUACACAGCCAAAGACGCAUCAGGGAAUAGAGCAUCUUGCACAUUCACUGUAUCCGUUAUAGAUACUGAGAAUCCGGUUAUAACUGGUUGCCCGCCAUCCAUGACUGUACCCACGGAGAAUGGAACAAUGUAUGCUACAGUGUCGUGGAAUGCUCCAAACGCAACUGAUAAUUCAAAUAACGUUACACUGACUUUUAACGAGGAGCACACCUAUAGGAAUUCUGGCUUGUUUCCCAUCGGUCUCAUCCCUCUUUCUUACACAGCCAAAGACGCAUCAGGGAAUAGAGCAUCUUGCACAUUCACUGUAUCCGUUAUAGAAUCUUGUUCUGACCCGUGUAUAAAUGGGGGGACCUGUGAGGAAGGCACUUGUACUUGCCUUGAAGGAUUCGCCGGCACUGCGUGUGAGGAAAAGAGUAAGUUGCUUUUUUAA